AUGGGAAAGAAACGAGUCCUCGUAUCCUACGGCGUCGAUAUUGACGCUGUCUCCGGUUGGUUGGGAUCAUAUGGUGGCGAAGACAGCGCCAGUGAUAUUAGUCGGGGCCUUUUUGCCGGACACGUCGGCACCCCGCGCCUCCUCAAACUUUUCCAAAAAUACAAUAUCAAAGCGACCUGGUUCAUCCCCGGCCAUUCGCUCGAGACAUUCCCCGAGGAAUGCACCAUGAUCCGAGACGCAGGCCAUGAGAUCGGACUACACGGGUACAGCCACGAAAACCCUACGGACAUGACAAUUGAGCAACAGAAGAUCAUUCUCGACAAGACUUAUCGCAUGCUAACCGACUUCUGCGGCGGAAAGCCACCGCGCGGCACGGUUGCGCCUUGGUGGGAAACGUCCCAGGAGAUGACGGAGUUGCUGCUCGAUUACGGAAUCGAAUAUGAUCAUUCCAUGCUGCAUCAUGACUGUCAGAUGUACUGGCUCCGGACGGGGGAUCAGUGGACGAAAAUCGACUAUAAUAAGAAGCCGGAGACGUGGAUGAAACCGCUGGAGAGGGGAAAUGAGACUGGGCUGGUGGAGAUCCCGGGAAACUGGUACAUUGAUGAUUUGCCGCCCAUGAUGUUUAUCAAAAAGGCACCGAAUAGUCAUGGUUGGGUGAAUCCAAGGGAUGUCGAGGAUAUCUGGAAGGACCAUUUCGAUUACUUCUACCGUGAGUAUGAUGAGUUUGUAUUUCCUAUGACUAUUCAUCCAGAUGUUUCUGGCCGUCCGCAUGUUCUACUCAUGCAUGAAAGGAUCAUCGAACAUAUUAAUAAACACGAAGGUGUGGAGUGGGUGACGAUGGAGCAGAUGUGUGAUGACUUCAAGAGCAAGAACAAGCCUCCUGCUGGUGCUAAGAUGCCAUCUUCUCCUGCGUCAGUGCCCAAAUAG